AUGGCAUCAGUAUUUCACGCCCUCUUGGGUUCAAUAUUACUGCUCGUUCUUCCUUUGCUGCCACAUUAUGUUCAUGCAUUUGCAUGGCCAUGGGAUAGAGAAACAGGGGCUGGUGCAGGCAGCAAGGGCAAAAUUCAUUUAGUGGGUCGCAACCACAGGCCAAGGUUCGUUACCGGCCCUUGGAAGCAUGCUCACGCCACAUGCUAUGAGGGAAGCUCCGGUACAUUUGGGGGAGCUUGCGGAUACGAUGAUGUAGUUAAAGAAGGCUAUGGCUUGGACACAGUAGCAUUGAGCAAUGUUUUGUUCAACAAUGGGCAGGCUUGUGGUUCAUGUUAUGAAAUCAAAUGUGUGGAUAAUCCUCAGUGGUGCAAACCAGGACAACCGUCUCUUUUUGUUACGGCCACCAACAAUUGCCCCCCAAAUAAUCAGCUUUCCGGUGAUAAUGGAGGUUGGUGCAAUCCACCUCGUGAACAUUUCGAUAUAGCCAGGCCUUCAUUCAGCAAAAUUGCCGAGGACAAGGCCGGCAUUACUCCUGUCAUUUACCGCAGGGUUCCAUGCCAAAAGCAAGGAGGCAUGAAGUUCACAAUAACAGGGAAUCCUUACUUCAACCAAGUAUUGGUCUGGAACGUUGCAGGUGCCGGAGAUGUGACCAGCGUUGAAGUAAAGGGCCACCGGAACCUGAAAUGGACGCCUCUGAAGCGGCUUUGGGGUCAGAAGUGGGUGACUGACCAGAAGAUGGCUGGUGAGAAACUGACCUUCCGAGUUAGGUCGAGUGAUGGAAGAUCCUCAACCUCAUGGCAUAUAGUCCCUCAGAACUGGCAGUUUGGCCAAACCUUCCAGGGCAAGAAUUUUGCCUAGGAAAGCUGCUGUACAUGCUCAACCGGUAGCUCAUGUAUGUUCUAAUUCGUAUUUGUUUAAGAAAGCAGCUGACUGCGUUAACUUAGAUGAUUAAAAAGGUCCAAAUAAGCUUAAUUUGUGGUCAAUCAGCAUAAGAAGGGAUUGCCCAGCUACAAAAUCGACUAGCGAUACUGUAAAAGCACAUGUAGUAUUUUUUUUUUUUUUUUUUUU